AUGAUCAGAUACGAUGCUGUACGGGUCCUCAGGUUCCAGCUGGAGGCCGGCAUCGCUGCUAUGAAAAAGGAUAUUGCGAUGACUUCAAGGGUGCAGGUGAAGCUGGAGGCUAGGAGAGCACAACUAUGGAAGGACCUGUAUUUUAUCACCAAAGUCCUGCAGGAGAAGAAGACGACUCAGAGAGCCGGUCUGACUCGGCAGCCUCUCUCGUCUGCUGAACUGAUUGCAGCCUGUAGAAGGAAACUACAGACCCUUUUAAUAUGGUUGCACAACCUUAUCAGCGUGAACCGAAGCUUGAAGCGGACUCUGGCUGAAGCUCGGUCUCAGGAGAACUCCGUAGCUUCCAGGUACGAGGCUCAGAUUGCUGGGCUGGAAGCUGCAAUCGAGGCAGCAAAAUGUGACCUGCAUGAACAGAUCAUUAGCCACAAAGAGCUGCUGGACAUGAAGUUAGCCCUCGGGGCUGAAAUCGCCACCUACUGGUCACUCCUGGAUGGGGAGGAGCUGGGCUUCCCGACACAGGCCAGCCGCGGUUCGUCCACGCUCUACCUAUCGGAGUCUCCGCCCCCUUCUACCAGAAGCUCCUCCCCUGUUAAUCCUGCCGAGGCUGACGUCACUGCGGAGACCCGAUCUGAAGUAAGAUAUUCAUGCGCUGGAGCCAGUCACUGAAACAACAUUAGCAGGAAGGUAUGGGGACUGUCCAGUACUAAGAUGUUGUGCAUGUUGCAAACCGGACAUCGUCUACAAUCGCUGUGCCUUUUCUUGAUGUGCAUCUUCUUUCUGGAUAUUCACCUUGAACAUUUACUUUCUCAAGCAGGGACUGUAGUUUAAGGU